GUUAUUUAAUGAUGACUGUGUGAUGGCCAAUGCAAAAUCAGUGAGGAUGUCUAUGAAUGAAGAGGGUUAUGUGGUUCGGAUCAGAGGGCUACCCUGGUCCUGCACGCAGGAGGAGGUUGCCAGUUUCUUCUCUGACUGUGACAUCAUAGGGAAAGUAAACGGAGUGUGCUUCACCUACUCGAAAGAAGGCCGCCCCAGUGGAGAGGCAUUUAUUGAGCUGAAAAUGUCUGAGGAUUUCAAGAAUGCCCUCUCCAAGGACCGUAAAUACAUGGGACACCGAUACAUAGAGGUGUUCAAGUCGAACCGUAGUGAGAUGGACUGGGUGCUGAAACGUACCGGUCCUGCUGACUACGACAGCUGCAGCGGCUGCAUGCUGCGACUUAGAGGCCUUCCCUUUGGCUGCAGCAAGGAGGAGAUUGUUCAGUUCUUCUCAGGGUUGAGAAUCGUGCCAAAUGGGAUUACUCUGCCAGUGGACUACCAGGGGAGGAGCACAGGGGAAGCCUUCGUGCAGUUUGCCUCAAAGGAGAUAGCAGAAAAGGCUCUGGGGAAACACAAGGAAAGAAUAGGGCACAGGUAUAUAGAGAUUUUUAAGAGCAGUCGGAAUGAGAUCAGAGCCUACUACGAGCUUCCCCGGCGGGGGAUGGGAGGCCAGAGACCGGGGCCCUACGAUAGACCCGUGAUGGGGGCUACCAGGGAAGGGUUUUUUGGGCCCGGACCUGGCCACGGUGGGACUCUGAUGGACACCAUUAGGUGUGGAGGGGGCUAUGGAGGAGGUUACGAUGACUUUGACAGCUACAAUGGCUUCAACAACUACGGUUUUGACAACGGCAUGUUUGAUGAGCGAGUGAGAGGAGAGAGAGGAGGAAGAGGUAAAGUCUAAAAUGUAUUUACCCUCUACAGUCUGGCAAUUGAUUCAUCAGUGUUCAUUUCAAAACAAUUCUUUCAAAUGAAUGAAAGUUUGGCACAAAUCUGAAAAGUUCUACACCUAAACAUUUUAAAGUUUUACAUUGUUGAUAUAAAUAAUUACCAUUAGGAUUGGGUUUUGUAAAAGCAGCCGAUGUUGACCUUCUUGGCUCACGGAAGAUUUCCCACAGCUAACAAG